AUGUCCUCGACCUCAUCGAACCCCCAGCUGCCGGGGUUCAACCUCCCGUUGAAUUGCAAACCAGAAAAACGCAUAGGAGCUCAUUCAUGGUCCACCGGCCCGUUUGGAUUCCCAAAUGCCUUGGAUAUUGCUGAUGGUUACGUGAACCAAUCAGACGUGAAGAGAGAAAUCCUGAUGAUGCGAGUGAUGAAUAGUAUCACAGACAAGCUUGACUGGGAUAAGAAGGUAGGCACGGAUUCCGUUGUUCUGGUUACAGCAGCCACAUUUCUAAAGCAACACAGGUUUUCGAAGAAGACAUCAUCUCCAAGUGGCGCGAAGAAAUCGCUCGGAGCGGAGAAGACGUAUCCCCCAAAAAUGAUGGAUUGGAUUAUCAAAGAACUCCAAUGGAAGGCCGAAGCUUUCAAAGAGACUGGCUGCGUUACCGUCUUUGAUGUCGGCGUGGUCAAAUCUGAUACCGCCAUUUCUCCGGAAUUGCAACAAGCUUUGCAGAAAGCUGUUGUGCCCCUAGAAGACAUUCCUGAAGACCAGAAGGAUUAUCAUCCAGGGUCUCAGGAACAGGUCCUUGAUCUGGUGCAUCCGUCUCUGUUCCCGGUCAUUUUUGGACGAACUCGCAUCCUUCCUGAUCGAGUCAUUGGCUUGGAUACUUGUCUAAGUAGUGUUGGACAAGGCAGCCUUCUUCUAGUACCGUCAGAAGAUGAUGCCAAGCUUCCCCACAGAUAUGGCUGGAGAGAUGUUCAAAACGCCUACAGUCGCAAGUUCCAAUGGCUGCCGUGUGACGUGGAAUUUACUCCGGAUGCAGGAUGUCGAAUCGUUUCGUACAUCAACAACCUCCAUCCAGUUGAACACAGACGACUGUAUGAAAUCGUUGAGAAGAUAAUCUCUCAAACAAUCCCUAUUUGGAACCAAACACUGGCCUACAGACCGUUUAAUCAGAGGCGAAUUCAGUACCAAUCGGUUGACUAUGAAGAUGAUGGCGAGGAUGAGCCCCACAUGGGCGAUGACGAGGACGAUGAAGAAUAUUACGAGCGUUCGACCGCAUGGUGGAAAGCCCGCCGCAUCAUCCAGCCAGAACCAGAGGAGUUUAAGCCUCCGAACUUUGAUAGAUCGAAUUUGGUUGAUUUGCAGGAAGGCUUCUCCAAACAAGGGCUACAAGUGAUUGUGAAAUUGGCCAAUAUCGAGCUUACUACGGACAAGCCGGAGUACGCAGGAGGUAGCUGGCACAUUGAAGGACAGCUGAAUGAACGUAUCUGUGCAACGGCAAUCUACUACUACGAUAGCCAGAAUAUUACUCAGAGCACACUGGCUUUCCGCCAGCGCAGUGGAGACGAUUUUCAAGAUGUGCAAUAUGAACAAGAGCAGCACGGCUUUCUCCAAGCUGUUUAUGGAUUUGGGGAGGAAGUUGAGGGCAACGGUACUACCAAUGUCACGCAAGACCUUGGAAGCGUCGUGUGUCAAGAAGGUCGUUUGCUCACGUUCCCAAACGUGGUCCAGCACCGUGUCUUGCCGUUCUCCUUGAAAGAUCGAACAAAACCAGGUCACCGGAAGAUCCUGGCACUGUUUUUGAUCGAUCCUCACAGGCGUAUCAUUUCUUCUGCGAACGUGCCUCCCCAACAGGAGGAAUGGGGAAGAAAGAGACGGGAGCUUGUGGAUAAUCUCUUGUCACAGAAUUUGCCACCAGAACUGCAGAACAUGGUUAAACAGGAUCUUCCCUCUGUUUCCAUCUCCAUGGAUGAAGCAAAAUCCCACAGGCUUGAACUGAUGGAGGAGAGAAGCGUGAAGGCCGAGGCCAACAACUCAGCUUUCGAAACUGGAGAUUUCUCGCUAUGUGAGCAUUAG